AUGUCCUUCAGCUCUGCUGCCGGAGCCCCCCCCCCCUGGAGGAACAACAGCCUGGUGCUGGGGGGCGGGCGGGACCCCCCUCUGUCUGACCAGGGAGAGACCAUCAUCGGACUCUACCUACUGCUGCUGGGUUGGUUGUCCUGGUUUGGAAACAGCAUCGUUCUCUUCGUCCUGUACAGACAGAGAGCCGCCCUGCAGCCCACCGACUACCUUACCUUUAACUUGGCCGUCUCUGACGCCAGCAUCUCUGUGUUCGGAUACUCCAGAGGUAUCAUCGAGAUCUUCAACGUCUUCCAGGACAGCAACUACCUCAUCUCCUCCAUCUGGACCUGCCAGGUGGACGGUUUCUUCACACUGGUGUUCGGUCUGAGCAGCAUCAACACGCUGACAGUGAUCAGCAUCACCCGCUACAUCAAAGGCUGCCACCCCAACAGAGCUCGUCACAUCAGCAGGACCAGCGUGUUCAUCGGCCUGCUGCUCAUCUGGAUCACAGCGGGGUUCUGGUCCGGAGCGCCGCUGGUCGGCUGGGGGAGCUACAAAGAUCGUGGGUAUGGAACCUGUGAGAUCGACUGGGCCAAAGCCACCUACUCCAGCUCCUACAGAUCCUACAUCAUCUCCAUCUUCAUCUUCUGCUUCUUCGUCCCGGUGCUCAUCAUGCUCUUCUGCUACGUGUCCAUCAUCAACACGGUGAAGAGAGGCAAUGCUCUGUCCGCAGGGGGGGAUCUGAGUGACCGGCAGAGGAGGAUCGAGAGAGACGUCACCAUAGUGUCCAUCGUGAUCUGCACCGCCUUCAUCCUGGCGUGGUCUCCGUAUGCCGUGGUGUCCAUGUGGUCCGCCUGGGGCUUCCACGUGCCCAACCUCACCAGCAUCUUCACCCGCCUCUUCGCCAAAUCCGCCAGCUUCUACAACCCGCUCAUCUACUUUGGACUCAGCUCCAAGUUCCGUAAAGAUGUGGCCGUCCUGCUGCCCUGCACGCGGGACGCCAGGGACACCGUCAAACUGAAGCGCUUCAAGCCCCAGGCCGACCCCCACGGCCGCCUCAAAGACCCUCUGAACCGGACGGAGAAGAAGUACUCGCCCGAGUACCCGCCUCCCCCGGCCCCCAGGCCGAGCCUGAGGAGCCCGCCCUGCACGCCACCGCCCCUCAACAAGGAAAUGUUCCACAUCGACAUGCCCCGCCCCUCAGAGGCUGGCCCUGAGUUUGAAUGUGAUAGACUCUGA